AUGUCGGAUGGCGCAUGCAUGGUUGCACCUCGCGGGGAUUUGCUGCAUGGAGGUGAGGUUUUUCCGAAGGUGGGCAGGAAGGAUGCAGAUGAAGAGGUAGCACAAGCCUCACAACCGCUUCCAAAGGAACGUGAUCCAGUCGUUUCCCAAGAGGCACCAUGGCCAGGGGAACAGGACGGGAUGGAUGACCAGGACAAGAACGAAUAUAUAGCAGGGCACUUGAGCACCAUGACCUUGACCUCGCCGACAAUUCAAAGGGUGACAUCCACCCACAGAGUCUUAAGCUGCUUCGGGCGAGCUCUGCGGCAAAAGAGCCUCAGAGACAUGUACCAUUUCAGCAGGCCGGCCGUCAGGAUUUCCCAAUUUGUUUCACACAGUUGGCAUGGAUCGGCGUGGAAGAAGAUCGCUACCCUCUUCGUGCUAAAGAACGGUCCUGCAGCGGUUGCUUCUGGAAGCUUUUCGGCGCUGGUCAUGAUCGCCCUCAGCAGCUUCAAUAUAUUACCUGGCUAUGACCGGCAACCCAUGAUCGAGCUGGAGCGGGCCUAUGUUUUCGGACCCUGGGGGAUUUGCUUUGGUAUGCUGAUUGCACUUUUCUUCUUGACUUUCAAUGACCGUCGUGAAGAGGUUUUCCUGGAUGUGCUAUGCAUCCAUCAGACUGAUCUGCGCUUGAAGUCGGAAGGUCUCCUGAGCAUCUGUGCCUUCUUGAAGAAUUCCGACUCCAUGCUGGUGUUGUGGGAUCCCACGUACGUUGAGAGGCUUUGGUGCGUCUUCGAGUUGGCUGCCUUCUUGAAAAGCCGCGAAAGUGGGACAGCGACGAAGUUGUUCAUUAGACCUACCAUCCUCGGCCCCAGUUACAUGGUAUCCUGCUUGGGUCUCUUUGCGUGGCAGCUGGCUCAGAUGGCGGUUCCAUGGGAAAACGCGUUUCAUGGAUUCUUGGUAUUCUCGGUGGUGUGCUGGAUUGGGUGUCACUCGCUUGCCUGUGUUUGGCGGAGCCACUAUAGGCAGAUUGACACCAUGAAGACCCGACUUCAGACGUUCGCCAUUAGCCAGACGAAAGCAAAUUGCUGCGAAAGAGGCCAUGUGGAUGCACAGGGCCGAAAGAUUCCUUGUGACAAGGCAGUGCUCACUGAAUGCAUGCGGCAGUGGUUUGGCUCUAUUGAUGUGUUCGAGGAUGAUGUCAGGUCUGGCGUGGCAGCUGCGUUGUCAGAAGGAUUGGGGAAGGGAUGGUUUCCUUAUCCUUACCUGCUUGCUGCCACAGCACCCAUCUUAUGGGGUCAGGGCGACUUCGUUGCCUCCAGUCUGCGGCAGGGCGAGUUCUACUAUGCAGGUGUCACCGCCAUCAUUGGCCUCGCACACUGGCUCGCCGCAAUUCCCUUCCUCUUCGCCUGCGGUGAGCUUAUCAUCUACAAGUUCCGCCGCAGGUACAGUCCCUGCCUCGAUGCAAUGGUGCCCCUCCUCGUUUCGGCGUUUCUCAAUUCGGUGCCAGGCAGUGGCAUAUUCGUGAUACUGAUUGGCCUUCAGACGAUGCUGGAUGACAUGCUGGCCGCAGUUCUUUGGGCCAUUAUCGUGUCUUCUUUGGCCCUGCUUGCUUGGAGGCUGCGCUAA